CCCUAUGAUAGUACCUCUUGAUUGUCCAUAUAGCUAGCUAGUAUGGAUAGCGCGUCGCCAAAUAGCCAGCGGGGGCUGCGAUGGCCGUCUGGCACGGCGGGCAUGCCGAAGCUGUUGCUUGCGCUGCUGCUGGCUGCGACGCGGACAACGGCAAUCCUGCACACGGAUCUCUUCAACGCGACGACAGUGAACGACCCGGACAUCGUUAUCCGCAAAGAGCUGCCAGGGGUGUCACGCGCCACCACGGAAGAGGACCUGGAGCCCCUGCUUAGAGACAACCUAGAACCCGACCUGCGGCCAUGGAAGACCAAGGGGCGGCCGCUCACAAAGAUGGACUUCCUGGGUUUUCUGCACGAAAUUGACACGCAGUGGAUGGAAUACCGCCGCCACUUCGUCGCCAUUGUGCUCAUUCGCAACAACGUGAUGAAAUGGUGGGCAUACCCCAAGGCGCGGGGGUGGUGCACGCGGCGGGUGAAGUUCAUAGCGGAGCAGUUCCACGGGUUCGUGGAGAGCAGGGGGCUCAAGUUCCCGGACGUGGUGUACGUCAUGAACGGGUACGACAAACCGCUUUGUGAGCGCGGCGUGACCAACUGCUCGGCGCCUCUUUUCACAUUCGACAAGCGCUGGAACGCCAGCGCCUAUGCGGCGGGGCUGCCCGGCAGCGCGCACGACGACGUGUUGCACCCGGUCAUGAACCACCCCUUCGAGGAGCUGAUCGACUACCCGUGGGAAAAGAAGAUUGAGAAGGGCUUCAUGCGGGUGGGCGUGUACGCAGCCAUGCCCUUCAACUGCUCGCGUGUGCUGAUAAACAAGGUGGGGCAGACCAAGGCGGGGCGCGAGGUGUUGGAUGUGGGCAUCUACCAGAACCGGCACUGGAAGGUCAAGGUCAAGACGGUGCCGCCAGUGCCCAUGGAGCUGCACGCGCGCUGGAAGUGGCUGCUGAACACGGACGGCCAGUCUGCCUCGUGGCGCCUGGCCAAGUUGCUCGCCAUCAACAGCGCCGUCAUAAAGCACCGCAGUGAUGCCAUAGAGUACUACUACAGGUCGCUCAAGGAGGGCGAGAAUUACAUUAGCUUUGACCACAAAGACGUAGUCAAGGUGCUCAAGGGCCUGCACGGCCGGGACAGUGAGCUACAAGCCAUGGCCGCACGCAACCAGGCCUUCGCCUACCGCUAUCUCAGCCAGUUCAGCAGAACGCUGUAUGCCAAGGUGUCGUUUGACCGGUACAAAGCCCUUUUCAGUGACAUGGACGAGUUCGUGAAAGAAAUCCCAGACGACUUCACUUUGGAGUGGUUCCUAAACCGGAGAAAGGAGCUUCUGGAGCAGCAGCAGGCCGGCGGGUAGGGAGCAGGGGAGCGGGGCUGGGCGUGUAUGGGUUUUACUGUGCUGGGAUGGAUAUAUUUGGGUGUGCGGACUAUGAGAAGUCCGGCGCCUCAGCGUAUGAAGCUAGGAUUCACACACGCGCGCUUGUAGGGUUGCGGGGUGCCGUAAUGCAGUGGUGCUGAGAUUGCACUGGUGGUGGGAGAUUGCACUGGGAGGGCAGGGUCGUAGCGCGCGCAGCAAUGGGCAUGGCGUGCGGGGCGUUGACGCGCUCAUGACGUGCGGUGCGUUGAGAGGUAGAGAGGACGGAGGGCGGCGAGGAGUGUCAUCAGCAGGCGAGAGAGGAGGCAGCGGCGGACGGGGCCAGGAGGAUGCGUGCGGUGGUUCGUGUUCGGGGAGUGCCAGCAGGAGGAAGAGGGGGAAGCUGGAGGAAGAGGGCCGAAGAGGAGGAAGCUGGAUGAGCAGCCCAGGUACAAUGCACUGCGCGAUUGGGCGCGUUUGGGGGCAGGUCACCCCACGAGGUCACCCCGUGAGGUCACCCCCAGCGGGGUCAUCCAUGGUUUGCGUGCGCCGGUUCACGAAUCACGAUGCAACCAAAGCUCUGAGGCCUCGUUCGGCAUUUGUAAACCAAAAUGCCU